AUGUCAGCUUCAUUAGCACCAGAAUGCAACGAAAUCAAGGAGCGUUAUGAUACCUGCUUCUUAAAAUGGUACAGUGAGAAGUACCUUCGAGGACAAGAAAAGGACAACAAAGAGUGCGCAGAUAUGUUCAAAGAAUAUCAAUCUUGUCUCAAGGUUGCACUGAAAGACCGAGGCGUGGAUAAGUUGGUGGCCGAGGCUCGUGAGGAGAACAAAGAGAAUGACUUGAAACAUCUAGGGGUUAAGAAAUAA